UCUAAUCUCAAUAAAUUUAUUUUGGGGGAGCGGCACUUUCCAUCUUUGGAACCCUCCCAAGUCCCAACUCCCGGCGAAUUUCUGCACAAUUUGCUCAAAAAUCUUCAAACGGGGAUUGAUUUUCUGCGCACAAUAUCGCUCGUCCCUCCACACAAUUUCUCAAUUCAGGUAGCGGAGGAGCAUCCAUUGCUCUGCUUUUCGCUACAUGGGAGCUGAAGGAAACCUUAACUUGUGUUUCUAUAGCUUGUUGGAUUAAAAUGCCAUCUCGGAGCUUAUCGAAUCUCAACACUGCUUUCAGUUUAGGCUUCCGAAGAGCUUUGACAGAAGUCAGUCUCUCUAGGAAGAAUUACCCUUGUAAGCCUCUAUCUGGUGGUGCCACCAGUCAAGUGUUGAGAAAUUCAGGCAACCAGAGGUAUCGAAACAUUAUGAUGGCGUCGAAUUCGAUUGUUCCCUCUGGAGAUCUUGUAGUUGAUGCUUUGGUUUCUGGUUGUGGGGAUAUGACCAGUUUUGUGAAGCCUGGUAGUGUUUUCUACAGUAAAAGGAGUAAUAUGAUGUGUGGAAAGGCUAUGGUGAGUAUGAGCAACGGAUACAGGGAAAGCCUUGGCGGUCGAGGAUGUUUUAUGCGUGAUUUUAAGCCAUUUUAUAGUUUGUCGAAAGGAAUGAGUGAUGGUCGAACAUUCUCAUCUUUGUGCCACUCUGAUGGGGUUGUGCCUGAAGUGUCAAAGGAUGGUUCGAUUGGUAUCGAACAUCUUUCAAGUCUCGCACUUUCAACAGAAAAGAGAAUUCCGAGCAAGAACACGGUGAAGCUACUGUCUGGAGCUUGUUAUUGGCCUCAUCCAGCUAAAGUGGAAACGGGAGGCGAGGAUGCUCAUUUUAUAUGUGUCGACGAGCAAGUCAUUGGUGUAGCUGAUGGGGUUGGUGGAUGGGCAGAUGUUGGUGUUAAUGCGGGAGAAUAUGCCCGGGAACUGAUGGAUAAUUCAGUCAGAGCAAUUAGAGAAUCGCCGGACAGUGAUGUUGAUCCCUUGCUUGUGUUGGAAAAAGCACACGCCGCAACCAAUGCCAUGGGCUCCUCCACCGCCUGCAUCGUUGCACUAAAAGAUCAGGACAUUCACGCCAUUAAUCUCGGCGACAGUGGAUUUAUCAUCGUCAGAGGCGGGCACACGAUCUUCGAAUCCCCUGUUCAACAACAUGGAUUCAAUUUCACAUAUCAACUCGAACGGAGUAAUCGGAGUGAUCCACCAAGCUCCGGGCAGGUUUUCAAGAUUUCAGUUGCACCCGGAGACGUAGUAGUUGCAGGAAGCGACGGCCUAUUUGACAACUUAUACAAUAAAGAGAUAGCAGCCAUUGUAGGAGAUGCAGUUAGGGAAGGUCUCGGGCCCGACGCCACGGCCGAGAAGAUCGCUACGAUUGCACGUGCAAGGGCGUUAGACAAGAAAAUGCAGACACCAUUUUCCAUGGCAGCUCAACAAGCUGGAUUUACUUACUAUGGUGGUAAACUUGAUGAUCUAACUGUUGUUGUUUCUUUUGUUUCUGCUCCAAUUGAUGCCUGAAAAAUUUUCCUUC